UUCGUCUUCUUCUUAAUAGUAGUUAUCAGUGCUAAAUAAAUGUUGGCAUUUGAAAUGAAAGAGGACCGAACACUAGAAUGUUCUAGGCUUUGGUGUGCUUUUUCUUUCAUUUUUAUAUUAUUAGGUAAUGCCCUCAUAUUUUUCACACGAUUACGUACGCAAACGUUGUUUUUUUACAUAGUUUUUCCAAAUUGUAAGCAGGUCAUUUUAGUAGCUAUAAACACUGGAAAAAAUAAUGUAACUUAUGUAUUUAAUAGGCCUACACGUGUGAUGUGCAAAAUAUGGUUCUUUUUUCGGGUAUAUUAUAUGGAGGCUAUAUGGUGAAAAACAUUUUAUACAGUAUUCUGUAGCCUUCAUUUCAAGUGAAUGCUAGAUUUGUUACUAUUUAUAAAAUAUCGUUCUUUCAUGACCCAUAUUUGGUGAUGUGCAUUUUUUCUUCAGAAAAUGCAGAUUGCAUAAAACUGGUUAAAGCUGAAUAUAUAAAGAUAUUUAAUUAAAUUGUUUUUAUUUAAAAAAAAAAAUACUUUCGCUUUUACACCAUGUUCUGUCAGAUAUUUGAAUAAUUAAUUUCCUAUUUUUUCGCCAUUUCCAUUUUUUCAUGACUAAUGCAUCCCAAACAGCAGAUGGCGCUGUAUCUCUAAUCAUUCGUUUAGACUCGCUGGAGGGAAAGUUCGAAUCAAGAAGGCACUGACAGAGAGUGGCUUUAGUACAGAUUCAGAAAUCAGAAUAGCCUGUGCCUUAAUACAGUAGAUAUGAAAGUUUAGCUACCAUUUGUCUGCCUCGGUUUCCAGACUUUGUCAUGUCUGUCGUUCCCUGCUUAGUUGAUAAAUGGAGUGAGGAGAACAACAGCAUCGUUUUGACCUGGAAGCAAAACGAACGAGGCCUUGAACCAAAUCAGGGUGUUCUGAAACGAUGCUGUUCGGAAAGCCGCAAGCUCCUGCAGAAAAUACAAGGAAUACCAGCAGCUCCUGAACGACUCGCACUUGAAAUGACAGUUUCAUAUAAUACCUUUUUAUUCUCUUUGAGUGUCUCCGAAGCAAGUGAAAUAGAGGCAGGUCUCACGCAUAGUUUAUUAAGAGCUUUAGAGGCCGCUGGAUCUCAGGUUUCCUGUUCUGAUCCCGUUCAGUUGUGGGAGGCUGUUUUACAGACUUUGGGCUCCUCAGUCUGUGUGCCUUAUGUCCACAAGCUUCUGCUCAUCCAGUGGAUGCUGUGGCUCAUGCAGUGCCAGUUAGAGAGAGUUCUCGCUCUUCUGAUGCAAACUGAUCACAAAAGAGAGCGUUCAGCACCUUUGAAUCUCCAGACAGAAACUCGAAACCUUGCUUUGAGUAUGGAAGAAGACUCCUCACUAAUGGUUGCCAUGGCAGCAAAGGACCUUAAGGAUCUUUUGCACGUCUGCACCGUAAUAUGUCAAGGGGUGGAACAGAUGAAGAUGGAAAAAUAUUUUGAGGCCCUUGACAUUUUUCAGGAGGCUAAAGGCCUCCCAAGUCCCAGACGUCUCUUGGCACAGAUCCACAACCUUACAGGCCAGAGUUUUGCUAAGCGGGGCCAGCCCCACUGUGCUCUCCACUUUUAUAGGAAGGCUGUGGAGGUGGACUGUGCUUGCCAUAGUGCGCUUUAUCAAAGUGCUCUGGUGUUCAGACAGCUUGGCAAUACAAAGGCAGAAAUGGAGGCCUUGCAUCUUCUUUACUCAGCGGUCCAACUGCAAUCCGACAAAAAUUCAUCCUGUGCUUCACUGGUCUCUCCAGCUACACUGCUUGGUGGUGAACAGAUGACCUUCAUUAGCAGAGUCCCUUCCCCCUCUCUGAUUCUGCACACUCUGGCUCACACAUGUGUGUCCAAUGGCAGCAUUUCAGAUGGCGUUGAGUACUAUCUUGAUCUGUUGGCAUCACUGCAAACAGAUGGCAAAGAUAUUAUACACACGGGGGAUGGUACUUCUUUUCCCAGAAUUCCUGUGGUCUACCUUGAAGCAGGAUUUGCUUUAUUAAAAGCGAAACGUUUUAGUGACGCUCUUGUGGUCUGUGAGGAUGUCGUCACCAGCACUUUGGACUUCAUCCCUGAGAGACUGAUGCUUGAUGCUGAUGAAAAACAAAAUGUAGCUUCAUAUGACGUGAUUCUUCAAAAUGUGGACUAUGUUUUAUGGGCCGGUGCAGCCCAUCUCCUUCAAGCACAAGCCCACUGGAAUCUGAAGGACACCAAAGAGGCUAUUACAAAUUUCACAAGAGCAAUUAAUACUGUGGUGAAAGUGUUCAUUAAACAGAAAGACUGGAAACAAAAACAUCUCGGAAACACUGAAGCAUUGGUGGAAAGAAUUAUGACUUUGGAAGUAGCAAAAGGACAAGCACUAGCUGGUAGAGGGCUCUGCUUUCUGGAAAAAGGUCAAUUGAAGGAAGCCCUAAGAGAUCUUCAUCUCAGUCUCCAAAUGACACCAGGUUGUAAGACUUUUAAGAUGUUGCUAUCUGAGGUCUUGUGGAGGCUUGAUCGUAGAGAGGAAGCAUCAGCACACUGGAGAGAAACCCAUAGUACUUCAGAUGCACCUAAAUCCGUAAAUCUGCCGCUGUAUUUACAACUGUGGCCAGAUGACACGACUUUUGACUUCAGUGAGUUGAAGAAGAAGGUUGUGGAAUACAUUGAAGCUAAGAAGUCAUGAGAGAUGUCAGAAAGGAUGCUCUCUACUAACUUCUAAAUCACUUCACAUUUUUGGUGCAUCCAAACCAAAACUACAUUCAGAAAAUAAAGUUGUCUCAUUUCCUUUUCAUAUGUAACCCUGUAGCAUUCAACGCCUCAGAACAAAUUAUUUGUGAGCUCAGGAAUGCAUCCAGACUGGUAUCAGAUAUUUUGUACUUACACUUGCCAAUUUUCAGAUUAGCAUCUUGUUUAUCUAUGAUGUUUUCAAAUAAACACUGUUCAUAAUAAAAUAAUUUGAAACUAA